GAAUUAGAGAGCGAUGGAUGGCGCUGUCACGGCUGCGGAGGUGCAGAGGAAGGCAACGGAGGCGAGAAGGAAGGCGUAUUACAAGCUCAAACAGAGAGCCCAGCAGGAUGUCCAUCGCAGGUCAGUCCAGAUGCAGGCUGAAGGACUGACUCAUCACCAAGGCAGCAUGUCACGCACACACGCCGCCAACCGGCAGGAACAGACAGACGCACGACGCGCCAUCUGUGUGUGGUUUGUUUCUGUGGUUAAUUGCAGAGUGGCUCGGUGGCGCACCGUGACGAGGGACGGUAGCCGCUCUAUCUUCUACGUCACCCUCGGAGGAGAUCUGCACAUCAACAAGGUGCUCACAGACAAACAAGAGAGAGAGAGAGAGAGAGAGAGAAAGAAGAGAGAGAGGGGACCCAGAUGAGAGAGGGGACCCAGAUCAAUGCACUCACUCACUCACUCACUGCACGUGGGUGAGUUGGGUUCAGCGUGACGGCAAUGAUGCGGCCAGAGAGGACUCCUUCUACCUGCGACAAUACGGCAUCAAAGGUGUGGCCAGCGCAACAAGUGCAUUGCACCAUUCAUUGCCCCCCACCCGUCAGACGAUGGACGGUGUUUGUUUCUGUGACGUUUGUCAGACCGUCAGGAGGGUUCGUGUCUGCCCUACCCGGAGUGGUUUGAGCCCUACUGCAGCAACCGCAGCGACAACCCUCGCGACCUAUCGCACUGGAACAUCCCCGAAGGGCUCGUCGAGUAGGCACCCCACCCGGCUGGCCAGCUGGCCAUCUCUGCUGUCAACCAUUCCCUCGUGUGUGUCUGUCAGGGAGUACCGUCGUCAUUCGAAGAUCGAGCAGCUGUACGAGUGGCAGGCCGAGUGUCUGCAGGUGAUCUGGCCGGCGACCCCUGGCCCGUGCCCACCGCCAGGGCAGGUGCACAUGGUGCAGGGCGAGAAGCGCACCAGGAUGAAGGUGGUGGGGAGCCCCACCAUGGCCGACCCGCCCGUGUGGCGGAACCUUGUCUACUGCGCACCCACGGCCGGGGGCAAGUCGCUUGUCGCCGAGAUCAUCAUGCUCAAGUCAGUCACUGCAGAGCCCCACCCCACCGAUGGAUGAUGAAGUCGAUCUGUCUGUGUGUGUGUUUUGUCCGUCGUGUGGCGCAGUCAGCUGGUGUUUCAGGGGCGUCGUUGUCUGAUGGUGCUGCCCUACGUCGCCCUCUGUCGUGAGAAGGCGCGGGACCUGCACAGCCUGUGGGGCGACCGGCUCGGUCUGAGGGUGCAGGCCUUCCACGGCGGAGAGGGUAGACAAAUGACUGACUGACACACAAGCAAGGACAGCAGCAAAUGCAGCCAGGUGAAUGAAUAGAUUGAUGUUGUAUGGUUGGUAUGUUCAGGUGGUGGGUGGAACGAGGGCAUUGAUGCGGCGAUAUGCACGAUAGAGAAGGCCAACCAGAUCGUCACCAGCCUCAUCCGACACAGACGGCUGGAGCGCGCCAUCGGGGUGCUCGUCGUCGACGAACUCCACUCGCUGUCAGACAGCCACAGGUGGGUGGGUGGGUACGCAGGCAGCACCAGACAUUCAUGCAUGCCGUCGUUACUCACAUGACAUGCUUCUCUUUGUUUGUGUCAGGGGCUACCUACUUGAGGUGAUGCUGAUGAAGGUGCAGGGGUACCUCGGCUCUCUCCCGCCCGACUCGCCUCCCCACCUCCGUACCCAGGUCAUCGGACUCUCGGCCACACUGCCAAAUCUAGACCAGGUUGGUGCGGCAGUCGCGACGCCUGGAUGCACUCCCUCCCUCUCCACUUCUCUCCACUUGUCUCUCUUUCAUCUUCACCACUCGCUAGCUGUGCUCUGGUCAUGCGCCUCCGUGUGUGUGUGCAGAUCUGCUCGUGGCUUGAUGCCGAGCAGUAUUCGAGCGACAGGCGACCGACGCCCGUCGACACCUUCCUCAAGAUCGAAGAACGGGUCACACACACACACACACACACAUACAUACGCAGAUGGACCACUCACUCAUCUGAUACACCACACCACACCCACUCAUGGCUCUUGUCCCGUCUCUCUCGUCUCGUGUGCUGCUUUGCAGAUCUACCAGUAUAACCCCUCAGCUGCAGCGCAGAUCGGCAAUAGCAACCUUCAGCCCCCGCCCAACCCACCCGCUCCCAAGCCACAGCGACCCACGACCGUCACCCUGAAUCCAGCCUUCCGACUCUUCCGCACAUUCUCCCGGCCGCCACCCUCCCUGCCCCUCCCCGUCCCCCCGCCGCCACGUCAGCCCAACCGGCCACGGGGUCCUCCGCCGCCCGAGAUGUUCUGUGGUUUGGCUGACGAUAAGGAGCAUGUGGGUCUGCUGGUGUGGGAGAGCGUGAGGGUCAAGAGGCCGGUGCUGCUUUUCUGUCAUUCCAAGGACAUGUGCCAGCGGAUGGCGCAGCAGCUCGCAAGGUAUAUAUGGGGGAGGGAGGCGGAAAGGACAGGUGUCGAAUGUACCUGCCUGCCUGCUAACACUGUGUCCCCGCCUGUCUCUCUCUCUCUCCCUCUCUCUCUCUCUAUUGUCAGGACACUGCCCCUGUACAAGUCUCGCGACAUGUCCGUCCUCGCCCCGGCCGAGGAUGCAGACAUCGCCAAUGCGCGUCACAGCCUCCUCCAAUCGCUGCGUCGGGCAGCAUCGGGGGUCUCGGCACGCACACAAACCCCCACAGCAGCAGGGGCAGCCGAUGAGGCGGCCUACUGUCCCGAUAUGAAGGCGGCGAUCCCUCAUGGCGUGGCAUACCACCACGCAGGCCUGACGAUCGACGAGCGGCGGCUGAUCGAGGAGGCCUAUCGGGCGGAGGUGCUCAGUGUGCUGUGUGCGACGUCGACACUGGCCGUGGGGGUCAACCUGCCGUGUGCAAGGGUGAUUCUGAGGUCCCCGCGGCUGGGCAAAGACCUGCUGGACGUGUCGCGAUUCAGGCAGAUGGCGGGGAGGGCGGGCCGGAGCGGCGAGAGGGGCAGGUACGUGACUGACGGGAGGGAGGGAGGCAGUGAUGGGAUGGGUAUCUAUGGGCAUUUGGUCGUAUGCUUCUGUGGUGUGUGGGUAUGUGUGUGUUUUGUUUUCCAGAGGGGAGGCGAUGAUCAUAUCGGACAAGAAAGAUGCCCAACACGCUCAGGUAAGGCAGGCUUGACUGAGCGCGGUUGCACCGGACCGGCUGCAGUACGACUGACUGUUCGGUUGUCCAGCGUCUGCUGACGGGUGAGGUGGAGCGGGCCGACAGCUGUCUGCACGGCAUGAGACUCGCUAAGGCACUGCUCGAGGUCAGACAGAAACAACCAAACAAGUGUCCCUAUUGCCCCUUGUUCUCUUACCCUUGUGUGUUCCCGUCAGAUAUUGCUGGUGCGUCAGGCGGCCACCAAGAAGGAUCUCGUCGACUACCUCGCCGCACACUCGCUCAGAGCCAAACAGGUCCGCCAGACAGACAGACGCACACGCAUCACUCGUUGACGAUCUGCGGGUCUGUCUGUUUAAAACAGGCGAGCAUCGCUGACAUUGCCAAGGAGGUGGCGCCGGCGGUGGACUACCUGUUCCACAUGGACCUCAUCUGCGCCAAUAAACCCAACCCCACCAUACAACGACACCACACAUACCCAUCUCCAUCACCAUCGCCAGCCGCUGCUGCUGCUGCUGCAGCAGCUGCCAUGCCGGCGCUCCCACCACCACCCACACACCCGUCAAGACCGCCUGCUGCUGCCUCGCCAUUUGUCCGCCCGGCUGCUCGCCCUGCUGCUCGCCCCGUGAUCCGUCCACCACCACCACCAGCAGCACUAACACGGCCGCCCAUGGCCACACCGGGCUCGUCAGGGGGCGCGGGAGGCAGCGGCAGCGGUGGGCAGGUGGCGGCACCUCUUCCCGCUGGCACCGGGGCGCUGCAGCGGAUGAUGAACACCAUCCGCCGUGAGGUGGGGAGGCUGCAGGACCUGCGGUCCCCGGUGAUGCUCAGCCGUCUGUGCACCUACGGGCCCAUGUACAGCAGCGGAGAACUGAACCUGGCCCCGGCCACAGAGUGCUGCCGCAAACGACUCACCGAGAUGCUCGAGUGUGCGGCAAGGGACCGGCCGCCACCCCCCUCACGCAGCCCAGCGGCGCCCGCAGACACUGUGGCUGAGGGCGAGAGCCAGCAGUCCAGCGUGUCUGUGGGGUCUGUGUCGGGGAAGGUGGCCGUCAGGCCCGUCGGUGCGGGGCCGUCGGGUGGUGGUGGCGCGCAGGUGGGAGGCGAUGGGGCGGUGCUGCUGCCUGGGCUGCCGAGAGUCAAGGAUGACCAUGUGCUCAGACUCACGCCACUCGGUGAGUGGGGGCGGCACUGCAGUGGGAGCAGAUCGUGGUCAUGUUGGUGCGUCCUGUGUGUGCGUGUGUGCAGGUGAGGCAGCGCUGCAGUCGCACUUUCACCUGGGCGAGGCGUGCGAGCAGUCUGCCGACAUCAUCAAAGUCUACCUGCAGGGUGGGGUGGGCCACACACGACCGACCCCCCGAUUGUCUCGUCUAUGUCUCUGCCUUGUUUUUUAAAUGUAGGUCUGAACCUGCGCAGUGACUUCCAGCUGCUCUAUCUGCUGACACCCCUGGAGCCGUCGAUCGACAUCGACUGGGGUGUGAUGGGCAGGCUGUUCGAGCAGGAGGUGGACCCCGACGGCCCGCGGAAGACCAUCAGCGACCACAAGCGGCUGGCAGAGUUCCUCGGCAUCACCAAGGGCAUGGUGCAUCGGGAGGGCCAAAGACGGCCCGCCAUACCCUCACCACACACACUGCACGAGGGCCUCCUCGCCGGCAAGUGGGUGCAGUCUGAGCGAGAGCAGAUUUCAUGUCAGUACGGAUUUGUGUUUGUGUGUGUGUUUGUGUCUGUGUAGGAAGAGUAUCACGUGUCUGAAGCGCGACCACCUGUUGAUGAGCCUGAAGCGGUUCUAUGCCGCUCUGGUCCUGGAGCAGCUGCUGCGAGAGAAAGGACAAGAAGACGUACGCAGCCGGUAGGUAGGCACACCAGUGGCUGACAUGACCCAGAGAGGGCGGACACAUGAGCUCUGCUCAGUCAGUGGUGCUGUGCAUGUGUUGUGUGUCAGGUUUGGUCUGUCGGUGAGCCAGCUGCAGGCCUUCCAGAGCCAGGCCACCAUCUUCCAGGGCCAAGUCGGAUCGCUCACCGAAAACCUCGGCCUGUAAGCAAGCACCACAGACAGUCCGACAGACAACAUGGGACAGUCAGUAGUCUUGAUCCUUGGCUGCCUGCCUCUGUGUCUGUCUGUACGAUUCUUGACUGACGUGUGUGCAGGUCUGGUCUCGCAGCGGCGAUGCGUCAGUUGGGCGACCGUUUGUUGCGGACGCUCGAGGUGCCGCUGGAGCUACUGCCGCUGUGCCAGAUAGAGGACGUCCAGGUAGGUACACGUGUGCACACACAGGCUUUCGAGCCGAACGACCUACCGAUGCCUGUCUGCCUGCGUCUGUCUGGCUACAUCACAAUCACAUCCUACAGGGCCGUCGGGCUCGUGCGUUGGCUGACAGCGGUCUCGACAGUGUGGAGAAGGUCGCACACGCUGACAACACACACAUCUUCAUGGUCAGCCAAACCAUACAUUAAUGCAUUGUAAUGGACACACACACGCACACACAGCACUGUGUUCCAUCUGACGGGUGCAUGGCAUGGCAUGGCAUGGCAUGCAGGCCUUAGGGACGGUGGAGGGCAGCGAGGUGGCCCCCAACAUGGAGAUGAUGGCGCAGCAGGCACGACUCAAACCCAUCCAGCCCCCCGACGCACCACAAACCAACUCCCACACCCACCACCCCACAGCCCAGCUGCAGCUGCUGGAGGGUCGGACGGGCCGGGAGGAGGCCAUCCGGCUGCACAACAUACACAUGGUCAGGCGAGAUCGGCUGCGGAUGGACACCGCACAACGCAUCAAACGGAGCGCACUCGAACUCGUCGACCAGCGCACACAGGCAAGUAAUGGAUGGCUACACACCUACACACACAUGCUGGUUUGCUCAUUUAUUUGUGUGCCUGCCACGGUGCGGUGCAGGAGCUGUUUGAUCGCAUGGACGGGGUGCCGACUGAGCAGGCGGAGCCGCCCCCCGCCAAUCUCAUCGACCUCGACCAAGACCUGCACCUCCUCGGCAGUGACGACGACCUCAGCGAUGACGACACUGACAACGACUCACCCACAGCAGCACCCAACAAUGCCCAACCGGCAGCAGCAGCAGCAGCAGCAGCGGCCGGACAAGAACCACCACAUGCACCCCAAGCCGACACAGGCGAGCCUCAGGCCAAGCGCGCCAGGGUGGAAGGGCUGAGCGGUAUCGGUGGUGAGGGCGGGCUGGUGCUGAGCCGCCGAUGUGAUGAAUUCGAUGCUCAGCCCCAGCAGUUGGUGCGGCGCAGGUAUCGGCGACACCACGUGCCCCCUGCUGCCCAGAGGGAAGACCGGCGGCAGGAGAGGCUCAGGAGGGCCAUUCAUAUCGACAGUAGGGCUGGGGGGGCCGGCAGGCAGUGGAGCCCACAGAACUGACUGAUCGAUGGCCGGCCGGGUGGUGUGUGUAGCGAGAGGGACAGUGGUUUUCGGUGGUGUGGUGUGGUGUAGAAUGACUGACUUGCAUGUGACUGUGUUCUUCUCAGCCCCGCACCAUGUGCUGUGCAUAGACGCAUUGAUUCGCGUGCGUGGGA